ACUUACUUUCGAAUUCCUUACACCUUCAGCAGCAAGCGUACUCCUUUCUAAAACGACGGCUUAAAUUUGUCGUCGAACAAUUCCAAAUUCUAGAUUUGAGUCUGGAAUCCUAAAAUUUUCGAACGUGAAUUUACAGUGUAGGGGAGUGGUCGUCGCCAACGUCAAUAUCAUCACAUACAAACAUUCUCAGGAUUGGGAUCUAUUUUAUUGAUUUGGCAUUGUUUUUGAGGCUGAUCUGGUUUAAGAGGUGGUGAUUAUGUACAAGGAAAUAUAAGCUCGCUGCAGCCCUCGUUCAACUUUCAAGGAAGAUUUUAACAGGUCUCUUAAGUCCAUUUAAGGUAAAAACUAAAAAGUGAUUUGCUGCGCAAUCAUGUUAGCUUCAAAUAUGUUGGAAGCUGAGGAAGAAAGUAAAGGGGGUCUUCAAAUCCCUGGGAAAGAUAGAGUUAUAUUUAGAGCACCUUCCACCGGAAAAUCUAUUUUGGGUUUGGAUACUCUGGCCCGGGCAAAGAGGGCAGCAGUCGAGAAUGGGUCAAGCUUGCAUAAAACAACUACUCUUUCAACUAUGGAAGAGGGUGAAAGAGAGGAAAACCUGGUCAUUGAUGGCAAUGAAGAAUCUUCUGAAGCUCUUGAUCAUAGAAAAGAUAGCAAGGUGAUGCGUAGAUAUCGAGAGCCUCGUCUAGAAGAUACCCCAUAUGUUGGUGGAAUAAAUGCUGCUGACUCAGAACGAUUGUAUGAUAAAGGAUCAGCUGAAGAUUCAAGCCUAUCUAGUAGAAGUCCUUACAGAGGAGGAGAUCAAAGUAGAGCAUUUAGUAGAGACAGAAAUAAUGAUCGGGAUGGUGGUCAAGACAGAUACAACACUGAAAGAAGGAGAUCUUAUAGCGAUGUGAAGAAUGAUAGAAUUAGUGAGAGUGAUAGACAUAGAGGAGAAAGGAGGGAAUCUAGCAGACAUUUAAGAGAUAGAAGGGACAGUAGCAGAGAUAGGCAAAGCAGUGAAAGUAGUAGAGAAUCUAGCAGAAGUACAGGGGAUGAGUGGGACAAGAGACGAGAGAAAUGGGGUCAUGAUUCUAGGGAACCUUUGAGAGAUGCUAGAGAAGGGUGGUCAAGUGAUAGAGAUAGACACCGCCGGAAUGAAUAUGAAAGGCAUGGUGCAAAACGACAUAGAAAUGAUUACUCUCCAAGGAGAUCAGGUAGGUCCGACUGGGAUGAUGGCAGAUGGGAAUGGGAUGAUACACCACGUCGAGAUAAAACACCUGUUCAUGAGCCUCAUCUUCCAAUGCCUUCUCCAAUGCUGGUUGGUGCAUCACCUGAUUUACGCUUAGUGUCACCAUGGCUAGGAGGAGAUACGCCCUGUGCUCCAGGGUCUGCAGAGUCUCCUUGGGACUAUAUCUCACCAUCUCCUGUACCAAUACGUGCUGGCGGAUCUUCAAUGAAAAUAACCAACUCUCGUUCAGGGGUCAGGUCUCAUCAGUUGAGUUUUAAUUCUAGAAGCACAGAAUCUCAGAAUGAGGAGGAUGCAAUUGAAGAUAAAGCAUCUUUUGGCAAAGAAGAUACAAAUGCUGUUAGUAAACAGAUGGUGGAAGAAAUGGAGGAAGCAGAACGUGAUGCUGACCGAGCAUGGUAUGACAGGGAAGAAGGGGGAACAAUGCUAGAAGGUGACAGUUCAUCAUUGUUUUUCGGAGAUGAUGCAGCAUUUGAGAAACGGAAGAAUGAAAUGGCAAAGCGAUUGACUAGGAAAGAUGGAACAAAGAUGAGCCUUGCACAAAGCAAAAAGAUGUCACAGCUUACUGCAGACAAUGCACAGUGGGAAGAUCGGCAACUGAUGAGAUCUGGAGCUGUUCGAGGAACAGAAGUGCAAACAGAAUUUGAAGAUGAAGAGGAUAGCAGGGUUAUUCUUCUUGUACAUGAUACAAAGCCUCCAUUUCUGGAUGGUCGUGUUGUCUUCACAAAACAGGCAGAGCCUAUCAUGCCCAUAAAGGAUCCAACAUCAGAUAUGGCUAUAAUUUCUAGAAAAGGUUCUGCACUAGUGAGAGAAAUUCGUGAAAAACAAAGCAUGAACAAAUCUCGACAACGGUUUUGGGAGCUUGCAGGGUCUAAACUAGGAAAUAUUCUUGGGGUUGAGAAAACAGCUGAACAGGUAGAUGCAGAUCAAGCAACAGUUGGUUCAGAAGGAGAGGUUGAUUUUAAACAGGAUGCAAAAUUUGCAUCACACUUGAAAGAAAAAGGGGAAGCAGUCAGUGAGUUUGCCAAAUCAAAGACAUUAAGUGAACAGCGGCAUUAUCUCCCAAUAUUUUCUGUCCGAGAUGAUGUUUUGCAGGUUAUCCGUGAAAAUCAAGUAAUUGUGGUGGUAGGAGAGACAGGAUCAGGGAAGACCACACAGCUUACACAGUAUUUGCAUGAGGAUGGAUACACAACAUAUGGAAUGAUAGGAUGCACUCAACCAAGGCGUGUUGCAGCUAUGAGUGUUGCAAAGCGUGUUAGUGAAGAGAUGGAAACUGAAUUGGGAGAUAAAGUUGGUUAUGCUAUUCGCUUUGAGGAUGUUACUGGACCAAAUACUUUAAUUAAGUAUAUGACUGAUGGAGUGCUGCUACGGGAAACUCUACGUGAACCUGACCUUGAUCAAUAUAGUAUAAUUGUCAUGGACGAAGCGCAUGAAAGGUCUCUUAAUACAGAUGUGUUAUUUGGCAUAUUGAAACAAGUGGUUGCACGGCGCCGUGAUUUUAAGCUCAUUGUAACAUCAGCAACUCUUAAUGCACAGAAGUUUUCCAAUUUUUUUGGAAGUGUACCUAUUUUCAAUAUACCGGGACGGACAUUUCCUGUGACUGUACUCUACAGCAAAUCACCUUGUGAAGACUAUGUGGAAGGAGCUGUGAAACAAGCAAUGUCCAUUCAUAUUACCUGUCCUCCUGGAGAUAUUCUCAUAUUUAUGACAGGUCAGGAUGAAAUUGAAGCUACUUGUUAUGAAUUGGCAGAACGAAUGGAUCAGUUAGAGUCAACUACAAAAAACAAAAUAACCCCGUUAUCAAUACUUCCAAUUUAUUCUCAACUACCUUCAGAUCUUCAGGCUAAAAUAUUUCAAAAAGCAGAAAAUGGUGCUCGCAAGUGUAUUGUUGCCACAAAUAUUGCUGAGACAUCACUUACUGUUGAUGGCAUCUUGUAUGUCAUUGAUUCUGGGUAUGGCAAGUUGAAAGUCUACAAUCCAAGGAUGGGUAUGGAUGCUCUUCAGGUUUUCCCUGCAAGCAGAGCUGCAGCAGAUCAACGUGCUGGUAGAGCUGGCAGGACAGGUCCUGGGACAUGCUAUCGUUUGUACACUGAGACAGCAUACCAGAAUGAAAUGCUUCCAAAUCCAGUUCCUGAAAUUCAACGGACCAAUCUGGGAAAUGUUGUUUUACUAUUGAAGUCAUUGAACAUUGAGAACCUUUUGGAUUUUGAUUUCAUGGAUCCCCCACCACAGGAUAACAUUCUCAACUCAAUGUAUCAGCUUUGGGUACUCGGUGCUCUUGAUAAUGUGGGCAGAUUGACUGUUCUUGGAAGGAAGAUGGUUGAAUUUCCACUUGACCCUUCUUUAGCAAAAAUGCUAUUAAUGGGAGAUGAACUUGGCUGUGUCAAUGAAGUCCUGACUAUUGUUUCUAUGCUCUCUGUUCCAUCUGUUUUCUUCCGCCCUAAAGAUAGGGCAGAAGAAAGUGAUGCAGCAAGAGAAAAGUUUUUUGUUCCAGAGAGUGAUCACCUGACACUUCUGAAUGUUUAUCAACAAUGGAAAUCUAAUCAGUAUCGGGGUGAUUGGUGCAAUGAUCACUUUUUGCAUGUAAAGGGAUUGCGUAAAGCUCGUGAAGUGCGAUCUCAGCUUUUGGAUAUCCUGAAAAUGCAAAAAAUAGCACUGACAAGUUGUGGACCUGAUUGGGAUGUUAUUCGGAAAGCGAUUUGUUCAGCAUACUUUCAUAAUGCAGCUCGAUUAAAAGGUGUUGGCGAAUAUGUCAACUGCAGGACUGGAAUGCCAUGCCAUUUGCAUCCUAGCAGUGCACUAUAUGGUUUGGGGUACACUCCUGAUUAUACAGUCUAUCAUGAACUUGUUCUCACAACAAAGGAAUACAUGCAGUGUGUAACAGCUGUUGAGCCUCAAUGGCUUGCUGAAUUAGGUCCUAUGUUCUUCUCUGUCAAGGAUUCAGAUACCUCAAUGUUGGAACACCGGAAAAAGCAAAGGGAAGAGAAAACUGCAAUGGAGAAGGAAAUGGAAGAACUGAGGAAAAAGCAGAGUGAGUUAGAGAAUGAAUGGAAAGAGAAGGAGAAAGAAAAACGUGCUAAAGAAAGCCAGCAAAUAGCUAUGCCUGGUUCUCGGCAACGUGGAACUUAUCUGCGUCCACCUAAAAGGUUGGGCCUUUAAUUUUUUGUACCAUGAUGUAUACUAGAUGUUAUUGAGCAAUCUAUCUCUGACCACAUUGGAGGUCUGGGCAUUUUGUUUUCUUGUACUAUGCUGUAAACUAUUUAUUGCACUAAGGAAAUAUAUACGCUCAAUUUUGUUCUAAUUAGAAA